CCCCUCGGCAUGGCGGCCCCCUCGACGUGCAGGCGCAGUGGCCCUGUCAAUGCGCUGCCCCGACGACCGGUCCGGCGCGGCUAGGCCAGCGCGUGUGCGCAGCCCCGACGGGGCGCAGUACCAUGGGCAGGACGCGUGCGAAGCCCCCGCAGAACCCCUGGUGGCCCGUGGCCCUGAUCCGGCUUGGAACAUGGCCGGUGGCCCCGAUGAGCCAUGGCCGUGAAUGGCGAAGCAACCAUCAGAAACAAGAAAGAUUAAACAAAAUAGUGAUAAUGCGUACCACAUAAUCCUUCUGCACAUUUCUGUUUCUUAACUUCUGUGAGCGAUUCCUUCUCUCAGCAACUUCAACUUCUCUCUGUUUCUCACGAGCAGUGCUGAUAACGUGUUAAACUCUAUCACAACGCUCAGUGGCAAAUGAAGAUUAACAGAGACAAAGACAAAUCGCUGGGACAAUCCUUUAUUGCAGAGUAGUGAAGUAUAUAUACAAGAGUUCCCAAGGGGUGUGUCCCUUGGGAAAUAACUGUCACUACGACAUAUGGAUGGAUUAGAUCACAUGUAUAAAAUGUUUUAUAACAAUGUGAAACCACAUCUGUGGAACUUUCAGUGUGUGAUGACUGGGUCACUGGUGGAAUACCGUGUUUUCUGAGCUGGUCGCUUUCAGUUCGCGGCCAAAGUCGAUAGCUCAACUAUCUUUUGAGUUUAGCUCCCAGGUUCUUUGGCUUCAUUUCAACAAGCCCGAUCUUCUUCUGACCUCUAAGGUAAACCUGCGAGGAAACCAUUCCCAAAGAGCAUGGCACUCUGGAACGGCAUAGGUCAGGUGGCAAGCAUCGCACAGUUAGCCGGGGUCGAUGCCUAUGGGCUCAUCUCCAUGAUCGUGGAGGCUGCAAAGACGGUGAAGAGGAACCGGGAGACCUGCCAGCUACUGGCACGCCGUGCAAGGAUGAUUGGGGACCUUCUACAUCAGCUUGAAAGGACACAGCUGAUGCAGCACAUGGAGACGAGGAACCCAGUGGAGCAUCUGGAGGAGACGCUUCGGCAUGCGUAUGUCCUCAUCACAUCCUGUCGCAACAGCAGCUACCUAUACAACUGCUGUAUGGGAGGGAAGCAGGCUGAUCGGCUUCGAGAGGUGCAGAAUGAGAUUACCUUCUACCUCCAACUUUUCCCCCUUGUCAGCUUUGUCGACAACACCCGUACUUGGGAGCGGCUUCUGAGUAGAGCUUGUCCUCUGUGCACAACAGAAAACAUGGAUGAGUUACAUGCAGCAGCACAUCAUGUGGAACAUGAAGAUGGGAUCAGAUCAGAGGCCAUCAAGGCAACUAAAUUCGAAAAUCUCGGAAGUCAUCCUACCCUAAAACCUGACAUAGAUCAAAUGGAAGGCCAAGUCAUGAGGAUGGGAGGAUUAGUAAAUCUCAUUGGUGGUACAAAAGGAGCAGAGUUAUCAUGUUUUACCUUUUCUCAUAUUUUGGCGGCGACAGACAACUUUUCAGAGAAAAAUUUGGUUGGUAAGGGUGGAUUUGGUUAUGUCUACAAGGGCAAUCUUAUUAAUGGUCUUAACGUUGCCAUUAAAAGAUUUGAUGCAUGUUCAUCAUAUCAAGGUCCACAUGAGUUCAGAACUGAGAUUGAUGCCAUUCCAAAUCUUCGACACAAGAACAUAAUUGGUCUACUUGGGUACUGUGUUCAAGGAGAAGAAAGCAUACUUGUCUAUGAAUAUAUGUCAAAUAAAUGCUUGGCAUCUGUCAUUGCUGAUGAAACAAAAAGGGGGUUGCUAAAUUGGUCCAAGCGUCUUCAAAUAAUCAAAGGCAUAGCAGAUGGUCUUGCUUUUCUGCAUGGGCAUUCUCAGAUGUGCAUUGUCCACAGGGACAUAAAACCAAGCAACAUCCUGCUGGACCAUGAAAUGAAUGCCAAGAUUACUGAUUUUGGUCUGGCAUUAAUGUUGGCUCCAAAAUCGACUGCAGAGGUUCCUGUUUUGGGCACAUAUGGCUAUGCAGAUCCUGAAUAUAUUGUUACUGGAAAAAUCUCGGAGAAGGCAGACAUAUAUGGAUUUGGCAUAGUACUUUUUGAGAUAAUAAGUGGAAGGUCGAUCCAUUCUUAUAUGAAGGCAGAGGGCACUCGAGAGCUACCAUACCCUGCUUAUGCACACAAAUACAACCCAAAGACGCUGCACAAGCUUGUUGAUCCAUUGUUGCGCGUGGACGAGCAUGAACGGGCUCAGAUUAUGGAAUGCGUGAGGGUGGCGCAGUUAUGCGUUGACCAUCGUGCCAAGCAUCGGCCUGUGAUGUCAGAAGUUGUCACCAUGCUUGGCAUGGCAGCAUCAAAGGGAUAGUUGUAGCUUUGCAAGACCCACAAAGGGAUAGCUGUGAAUGAUGCAAGUGUGAACUAAUUAAUGAGCUCUACUCAACUAUUUUCCCCCUUCUCAUGCAUGAUUGUGUAAACAUCAGGGAGAUUAGUCAGUGAAAUAUUUGGCAUGCACCUUACUUGAGCGCUGUGGCUAAUAAAUUGUGGUUGGCUGGAA